AUGCGUCUUCUCGAUCUCUAUUCCGCUAGUCUUUUCUUGUUCGGUGCGGCUUCUGCGUACGGCUAUCCAAGCAAUUCGUGUGAAGACUUGGCCUUGGUACUGCCCAACCGCACCUUCUUCCCCGCAGCACCGGCAUAUAACGCAUCAAUCCAAUCAUAUCCGUUCCUUCAGCUUCGUCUGCGACCAUCGUGCAUCAUUCGCCCAACAUCCGUAGAAGAUGUAGCAACCGCCAUUAAAAUUCUGGCAUUGAAUAACAGCACCAAGUUUGCGGUCAAAGGAGGGGGUCAUAACGCGAAUGUCGGCUUCAACAAUAUUGAUGAUGGCGUCACAAUCGACAUGCAGAGCAUGAACAAGGUCGAAGUCGCGAGAGGAGAUCAAGUUGUGAGGGUUGGCGCGGGGGCGCUGUGGCAGGACGUAUACGACGAGGCUGAGAAGCGGAAACUGACGGUACUUGGGGGUCGCAUUGGAGUCGUCGGAACAGCUGGCUUUCUGACUGGAGGAGGUAUAUCUUUCUUCAGCCCAGAGCGUGGAUGGGCAUGUGACGGCGUCGUCAACUUCGAGGUCGUACUCGCAAGCGGGGAGAUUGUCAAUGCCAACGCUACAUCGCAUUCUGAUCUCUUCGCGGCGCUCAAAGGAGGGCAGCUCAACUUCGGUAUCGUCUCGCGCUUUGACUUGGCAGCCUUCCCUGCUGGUCCCAUCUAUGGUGGAAGAAUCGUUUUCGGGCCCAAUGCCACGACGCCUUUGCUUUCUGCGUUUACCAAUUUCAAGCUCGGGGAGUAUGACCCAUAUGCAGCGGGCUGGGUCACUGUGCGAUACAACCAUACGGCAGCGACGUUCACUCCAGUGAGCAUCAUGUGGUACACACGGCCAGCGCAAAGGCCUGGGGCACUGAAGGCGAUUUUCGAGACCAAGCCGCAAGUCAUAAAUGGCAUGGUUGAAGCUCCGAUCAGUGAGCAUACCAGGAAUGCAUCGAGACAAGUGGCUGCAAACCCUCAGCGCACCAUCUGGGCAACGACCUCUUUCGCCGUCUCACCGACGAUCAUUCAUCGCAUCCACAGUUUGUGGGAAGAAGUCGUCCCUGAGAUUGCAGCACAAUACGCCUACGCCAAGCCUCUUGCAGAGAUCACAUUCCAGGCUCUUCCUGCACCACCUCGCAACGGCACAUCACCUAAUAGCUUAGGCUUUCAACCAGAAGAGAUGCCAGAGAAGGAUCUGAUUUUCUUGCAGAUAAUCUUCACCUUUGAAGACGCUGACGCUGCGGAUGGAUUCGAGGAGGCUUUGAAGGACUUGGUAAAGCUAGUUGAAGGGCUGACGAAGGAAGAGGGUGUUUUCCAUCGGUACAAGUAUCUGAACUUUGCAGCAUCGUUUCAGGAUCCGCUGGGCAGCUAUGGCGGAGUUGAGUUGAGAAGGAUGAGGGAAGUGGCGAGGAAGUACGAUCCAACGGGUAUUUUCCAGACGCAGGUGCCGGGAGGGUUCAAGCUGUUUUGA